AUGGUAGUGCGCCCUUACUUCACGGCGCAGAAGCAGGUGCUUCCUUUCGACAAGGUUAUCGAGCUUGAGAAGAUUGACGACUGGACAUUUCGGUCCAUCGUGAAAGCAUAUUCACCAACUGGAUGGUUUGUCUUAGGUGGCAAGCCUAAUGAGCACUAUACCUACAAGGUCAACAACAUUAGGGACGGCUUCAAUUACUGCACUCGUUCUGUGACCGUCUCUCAGAUCGCUGCCCUCGGAGAGAUGUUCACUUGCACUUGUUCCUUUAAGAAAGAGGAGGAAUCGCCGUUCGAUAUCCAAGAUCAGGUCGACUUGAAAGAGAUGUACCGCGAUGUUUUAGAGGGCAAAGAGACCGAGCCGAUGGAGCAUCCUGCAGCGCCCAGUAACGACUCAGAGUACUUCCACGAAACAUACCUGAAGGCACAUCCGGAUCACUUUAAUCCUAUAGCUGGACUGCAUUUGAGGAAAGCAGACAUGUCAAAGUAUAACGAGAAGCGCAACGCUCUUGACCGACGGCAACUCACAUUCUAUUCGCUUCGAGGUUCGUUACCGUUGCCCACUGCGCCAUAUCCGCCUCGAGCAGAGUUCACCGGAAAAAUAUCCUUGACACGAGAAGCGAACAUGCACGCUUGUGGUCAUCUUUACGCCUCAGAUCGUAAUUCGCUAUUCAUUGUACCGAAUCACCUCGAUCUUCCACGCGACUAUACAAGAAUGGCGUCACUGUCCCAUAGUGUUAUCUUCCACGUCGGUAUCAAAGACCUGGUGAUGCCAGCCGAGCCGCGUAUCAGCCAUCCGGACGCCGAUCCAACGCUUUGGGAAGAUGGGUCGCUCCCACUGUGCAAUUUGGAGGGCCAUCAUGAAGGCGAUAUAGAUGGCCGCAAAUGGUUUGUCCAAGAAGCACAUCUCACAAGAGCGACUGGAGGAAGAGCUUUACACACUUCCCGCAUGUGGGACUAUGAGAGAGGAGUUCACAUCGCGACUACGUUUCAGGAUGGACUGAUCAGAUUCAAACCUGACGCGAAGAUUUGA